AUGGCAGGCCGCAUCACCAAAUGCGCUCGUUAUCUGCGAAUACCACACGCCGAGUUACACAUCCCUUGUCAUCCUAGUGUACCUACCCCAACACCACAUCUCCGUAUCAUCACACGCGCGUCCUAUCAAACAAUCCGCUACUCUUCUCAAUCGAUAUCCUCCUUGAGAGUAUUCCCCACUACAAACCUCCUUAUUGAUCCUAGUAUAGAGAUUGAGGAAGAAACUCUCCCCACAUACCGGCCAGAAAAGUACUACCCCGUGCAGCAGGGCGAAGUGUUGAAUAACAGGUACCAAGUACUGGCCAAGUUGGGUUAUGGUGUGACUUCGACAGUAUGGUUAAGUCGCGACCUGCAUGACUCGAAAUACGUUGCUCUCAAGAUCUAUGUCACUGGUCAGAAAAAGAACCAUGAGCUGGAGAUCUACAACCGCAUAAAUGCUGUAGAAGUUGAGCAUCCAGGAAGCGAUCUCGUUCGCAGGCUCUUCGAUCAUUUCACCAUCACCGGGCCCCACGGCCCUCAUGUUUGUCUCGUUCAUGAACCCAUGGGUAUGAGUGCAGAUACACUCCUGCAAAAAUACAUCCCUGGAAACGCUAUGACUCUUAAGGAGAUGAAGUCUUGUAUCAGGCAGCUAUUGAUCGCUCUGGAUUUUCUGCACUCGUUUGCUCAUAUUGUGCACACUGAUCUUCAGUUGAAGAAUUUGCUCCUUCCCAUCCGUGAUUCUAAGACACUGGAGAAUCUCGAAGAACGGGAGGCCAAUGAUCCAUCACCUAGGAAGGUGCUCAAAGACAGAACUAUCUACCUAACUACUGUCUAUAACCCCGGGGGAGACGGGCUUCCCCUACUCUGUGAUUUGGGCGAAGCCCGCUUUGGUGAUGUUGAAAACAGCGACGACAUUAUGCCGAAUAUGUACAGAGCGCCUGAAGUUGUUUUGAAAGAGAGCUGGGACUACAAGGUCGAUAUAUGGAAUGUUGCUAUGGUGGCAUGGGACAUCGUAAGUCCUCGUCACAUGUUCGACGGCAGAAACGCAGAUGGCAUCUUCGAUGACCGAGUACACCUUGCGGAGAUGAUAGCGCUCAUGGGACCUCCUCCGGCUAGCUUCCGCGAGCGGUGCAAAUUGGCUUAUGUUUUCUGGGAUGAACAGGGCAAUUGGAAGGACUUGGCGCCGAUUCCGGAUAUCUCUCUGGAAAGUUUAGGUGCCGACAUUCCAGGGGAGAAUAAAGAGGGGUUCUUCCGGUGGCUGAGAAAGGCCUUGCAGUGGAAUGCAGAGGAUCGACCGACUGCGACAGAGUUCUUGUUCGAUGAGUGGCUGAUGGAGGGGCUCAGACGGCCGAACACCGAAGAGACGAAGUCAUAAGGCGGGCG